AUGGUGGAAGACUCAGAAGACCUAAAAGACUCUGGAAGUCAGAGAAUAUGGACAGACACACCCAUCAGGAGAGAGAACCGAUUUAUUGAUACAGUGCUGAGCUACCUCAUGGGUCCAAGGUUUCUGGUUUAUGCAAGCUGUGCACUUUCUAUAUGGGGAGAUCGAAUGUGGCACUUUGCCAUGUCUGUAUUCCUGAUAGAAUUGUAUGGACAUAAUCUCCUUCUAACAGCUGUUUUUGGGUUAGUGGUGGCUGGCUCAGUACUAGUGUUUGGGGCCUUAAUCGGAGAUUGGAUUGAUAGAAAACCAAGAAAUAAAGUUGCUCAUGCAUCGCUGUUCAUUCAGAACUCCUCUGUCACUGCCUGCUGCGUAGUACUGAUGUUGGUGUUCUCUUACAAAAGCGAGAUUGAGCAAAUGUGGCACGGCUGGUUUACUGUGUUCUGUUAUGCCGUGGUAAUCAUCUUAGCUGAUCUGGCAAACCUGGCAAGCACAGCGCUGAUGAUAACUGUUCAAAAAGACUGGAUUGUGGUCAUCACAGGUGAUAACAGAGGCCAGCUGGCUGGAAUGAAUGCAGCUAUAAGAAGAAUGGAUCAAGUCAUAAAUAUCUUCGCUCCCCUGUCUGUGGGGCAGGUUAUGACCUGGGCCUCUAAUGUCAUUGGCUGUGGAUUUAUUCUUGGAUGGAACUUGAUCUCUCUUCUGGUAGAAUUUAUAUUCCUAUCCAGGGUGUACCAACUAGUGCCUCCUUUGGCUGUAAAAUCUCAACAGAAUGCAGGAGAAUAUGUUAUAGAAAGACAAGUGGAGCUUACAAAUGUGCCAGGUAAGUACAGGAAUUCUUAUUGCACUUACUGCACAGUGGAGCAGUUGCCACCAGAACCAUUAAAACCUUCUGACUGGUAUUUUACAGGGGAUCUUCCCAUUUGCUCAGCUGUUGUUGAAUUCAUCAACAAACCUGGGAUUCCAGAGGCACCGACAGAGCAGAAAUCCAGUCCUGAAAUGCAAUGCAAGUCAGUCACAAAACUGCCUCUUUGCUUCAGAAAAAUGCACAGGAUGCUGUGUACGUGCAGAGAUGGCUGGAAAGUAUAUUAUAGGCAGUCUGUCUUUUUAGCAGGCUUGGGUUUAGCCUUCUUGUACACCACAGUGCUGGGCUUUGACUGUAUCACUACAGGGUAUGCCUACACGCAGGGGAUCAGUGGCUCUCUUCUCAGCAUACUCAUGGCACUUUCUGGCUUCUCAGGACUAAUGGGCACAAUUUUGUUUACUAAGCUAAGGAAGCAUUAUGGCUUGGCUGUCACAGGAGUCAUAUCCAGCCUCCUCCAUGUAAGCUGUUUAAUGCUGUGUGUGUUUUCAGUCUUUGCCCCCGGCAGUCCUUUUGACUUGGGUAUUUUCUCUCUUCUCACAAGUAAGCUCUUCCUUAAACCAAGAGACACUGUAAAAGAACCAGCUGCAUAUUUACCCAUUCCAAAGAAACAUCAACCAACCCAUACUGCCUGAUCGUUCUUCAAUUCGUUGGACAGCGUGCAUGGGAGCGAUCACCCAGAAUCCUAUAUUUCAAUCAUUCUCUUGUUCUCAGGAGUGAUACUAGCCAGAAUUGGUCUUUGGUCAUUUGACUUGACUGUGACCCAGCUCCUUCAGGAGAACAUUCCAGAAUCAGAGCGUGGGAUAGUCAAUGGUGUGCAGAGCUCUAUGAACUACUUGAUGGACCUUGUACAUUUCAUUAUGGUUAUUCUAGCUCCUCAACCACAACAAUUUGGGUUGCUGGUGAUAAUUUCCUUACUGUUUGUGAUAACAGGGCAUGUCAUGUAUUUUAUUUAUGCUAAAAAAUAUAAAAUUAAAGAAACUGUGAUACAACCAACAGGGAGGAAGCCACAGAAUCCCUCUGUCUGAAAGUCCCAUAAUCCUUUAUUUUACAAUUACCCUAUCAUUCAUGGAGUAUAGGUUCCUUGCAUAAAAAUGUUGACUAAACUCAACACACUAGCCAAAAUGUUCCUCUGUUUCUAUUUCCACCCCAAACACACUGCUAUAUCAUGAAAAAUAAAGAACAAAAUACUAACUGGAAGACUUAUUUUAAAACACUUAAAGAUUGUGUUUUUUAAAGGACAGUCUCAUUUCUGUAUCUGCUUAGUUUUUACAAUCAACUCUUUGCAAGGACACACAAAGCUUAUUCUCAGGGUUCCAGAAGAAAAUGACAAGGCAACUAUUUUUCCCUUUGUUAUCCAUAUGUAGAAAAUAUUAAAACAGAAUUCACAAUUUGCACAUCACAACCCGCCCUUCCUAAGCAAAUGAUACUGUAGUUAUUUUUUUAACCAUCUUUUCCAUCACACAAGAUGGAGCAACAGGAAUGUGUCUUCUUAGAUAGUUCAUAGAAACCAAUAACUUAUUUACAGCCAGCACAUUGUGUUCAACUUAUCACUAAGAAAUUCUGUAUUUUUUAUUUUGGACUGGGCAAAUACUGACCCCUGUAUUGCAUAUAAAUAUUUUCCCCUUAUUUGAAAGGUUCAUUGAAGUUUAUUAUACUAGGUGAUUUAGAGUUUUUUGCAGCACCUCUUUUUUUCCUACUUUGAUUUUAUUUUUUAAUGUGAAAAACUAGCUCAGCAGCCAACUGUUCAAACAAGUUAGUGACUGCAUGGGCAAUCAUUUCUUCACUAAAGCUUUCUUGAAUGCAGUUUCUUUUUUUUAAAAAUAAAGUGAUGUUUUCAAAGUUUAAAUAUGUGGCUGUGUAUGUUGGUCAAAUUACUAUUGGGUAAUGUGAGCAUAAAAUAGAGGCUAUAAGUGUGGUUUCCUAUAAAGACUUGAUCAUGACAUGGAGUUUUCACUCCUUGAGAAAGAAGCGCAGAGCAUCUUAGUGGAUAGAGCAUAUGGGAAUUGGAUGAUCUCGUCUGUAUUCCCGGCUCUGCCAGUUGCAUUCUGGGUAACCGGCAAGUCACAUCACCUCUCUGUGCCCAUUUCCCCAGCUGUAAAAUGGGGAUAAUGAUCUAGACCUGCUUUGUAAAAUGCAUAGAUAUAGCUAUAGAUCUAUCUAUUAAAAAAUAAGUAAACCAUGUGGAUUCUCUUUUGUGAAUAAUAUGUGGCUGCUAAUACAGUGAGUCACCCACUCCCCCGUUAACAUCUUAUUUAAACUCACACAGCACAACACUCUCCCUUUGUCAAAGCAGCAGUUGUAAAGUGGGGUUUAGCGAGCACCAGAGUAAUUAGAGUAGUGGAGAACUGAUGAAAGUACUGUCAACUAUGAACACAAGGGACUAACUGGUAUUUUAAAUUCCUGUAACUGAAAGUAAUAAAAAUAGCUUCCAGUUCAAGUCUGCCCUCCAAUGGUUUUAAAGGAACAUUGCUAAUAAAUCUUAGUGAAGUGUUAUCUUGAGGGGGAGAAGAACUAACUUGAAGGAAGUUGAUAUGACUUGUUAAUUAACAAGGUUUAUUAGUAUUCAAUGUUUCACUUUUUACUGUGGCAAUUUGCUUUCUGAGAAUCUCUGCUUUCUCUGUAGGUCAUGGGUAUUCAAGUCUCGAAUAGACUCUCUGGCACAUUAUGAGCUUCAGUCAUACUAGUAUUUUAUUCCUUAACCUAACAAACAGAAUUGAAAGUAAUCGCUCUAUGCGUCCGCCUACUCCAUCUGAAUAGAAUGGAGGCAGGGGAAGUGAGGGGAAACUAUUUUGCAAGAAUUCAACUAUUGUUUCUAAAGUGUGUUACAUAUUGUUAUGGAACCAUAGUACAUUAGGGUAAUAUUAUAGCUACAUAUAUACUUCAGAUACUGCCAUGUUAAAACAGACUGGUAUCAGUCUAGUUUAGCAUCCUUUCUCCAGCAGUGGUCUGACACCUGAUACCUGAAUGGACAGUAUAAAAACCUUUAUUAUUAUAUUUAAACUUACUUUAAAGGAAAGAAAACUCCUUCUCAAUUCCCACAGUAAAUUAGCUUUUACCCCAAAGCAUGAAGGUCUUUUCCUUCCUUCAUUUUUUAAUUAACCUCUUAAUUUAGAUGCUGUCUAGGCUAGACUUACUGAUAUAUACAUCUGUCUAGCCACUAUUUAAAUCCCAGGGUAAUAUUUGCUUUAGGAAUGCAAAGGCUACCCCUGCAUGCAGAUGCCAUCCAGCUGAAAGCUACCUGGUGCAUCUCUCUCCCCAUCUACUCUCCUGCCUGUAAGCCUUGCAUGAACAAUAAAACAGAACAGAAGUAAGAAAACAGAGGUAAACACUGGACAAAGCAUAAAGUCACAAGUGGCCUUGUAAAUAAUAUGUUCUUACUAGAUAAAGAAAUAGUAAGAGUUAAUGUAUGAUAAACUUGCAGCUGCAGCUUUGCUUACAAGCAUACGUUGUAGCUUGUGGACAGUUCAUGAGCUGUACAAAAAUUAGUAGACCAAUCAUAAAGUGACAUUAACCAAUAGUAUUAAGUAAAAGAGUGUAUAUAACAGGGGUUGGCAACCUACGGCACGCAUGCCACCUUUGGCACGUGAGCUGAUU